AUGGUCUUAGAUGCAACUACCGCUUGUCUAUCAUCACACUCAAUGGUUAUGAAGAUUCUCGGUACAGACCAUGAACCUAGCCAUUCUCAAAGUCGCUCAAUAACUCAAUCCCGCGGUCAUCUGGCAGUAAACACAUCGACCUCUUCAGACGCCUGUAUGAACAUCGUGCACAGCCUCAUGUGUCACCGGAAGGGUGGCGAGUCGGAGGAGUUUUCCAAAUUUGCUAUCGAAAGUCUCAUUAAGAAGCUGAAGGAUCGCAGGGACGAGCUGGAUGCGCUCAUCGCCGCGGUGACUAGCAAUGGAGCCACACAGACCAGCUGCGUGACCAUCCAGCGAACCCUCGACAGUCGAAUGCAGAUUGCUGGUCGGAAGUGCUUUCCUCAUCUCAUUUACGCUCGACUCUGGCGGUGGUCGGAUGCCCACAAAACGGAGCUGCGUCACCUGCCUUUUUGCCACUUCGGGUUUGACAAGAAGCUUGACUGGGUGUGCGUCAACCCCUAUCACUACGAGCGCACCGUCUCCUCCGCUCUCGACAUCUCGUCGCUGGCUCUCAGUCCCCCUGUUGAGAGACGCAAGGGUAAGGUUGCUUGUACGCGCGUACAUAACCUGGCUUCAGGAGUUGAGGAAGAAGAAGUCUUGAAUAAGCAGAGGCGUCAUAGCAGCGAACUGCAACACCCUGACACCAGCCAUCCCGCCUCAACGCUGCGACUCAGCGUUCAGUCUCUUCUCGACGAAAGUCCUCUAUGCGUCCCCACCUUGUCUGGGGGUAUUAAGCCAGAGCAGACAAAGAACAGUACAAUCGCCUACGAGCCCGCACAUCAGCAGCAGCCAACUUCCACCGUCGCCUCCGCCACAACAACACCCAAUCCCCUGUCUCUGGAAAACGUCGACGCGGCAACAGCGAAUCUGCUAAACCUCAUGCAAUGGGUCAGCAACGCUAACGCCACCUUCGCGGCCGCUGUGGCUGCCGGUGGCAGCGGUGUGGGCACACAUUCUGCUCCGCCUCCCCCUCGACCGCCACCGGUGCAAGCGCUUCCAGCUUUGCACCCUACUUCCAGUACUGACGAGGCCUCCGCCGUAGCGCUCGAUGCAGCGGAGACCGCGGCCCUCCUUGAUCCAAUAGCCGCGUCGGGGGGUGCUCCGGCACCUGUCCUGUAUCCCAGCCAGUGCUCCGGUGGCAGCGGCGGCACCAACAAUGGACAGUCAGCGUUUACUGCUGGUAGCAGCAGCAGCAGCUAUGGACGCGCAUCGCAGCAACAACAGCCUGUCUCCUCAUCUUCCACUGCCCCUCUUGGUGGUGGAUGGGGUGGUGGUGGUGGUGCACCGGGUGGACAGCCUCCUCCCAUGCUCCCACCAAACCCGCCUCCUAGCGGGAGUCUGCAGCCCUCGCAAUUGACAACACAGAGGCCGCCGGAGUACUGGUGCAACAUAGCCUACUUCGAGUUGGAUCAGCAGGUGGGCGAGUUGUUCAAGGUGCCCAGUCACUACACACGAGUAAUUGUGGACGGCUAUACCGACCCCUCCAGCCGAAAUCGCUUCUGUCUGGGCCAGCUAUCCAACGUGCACAGGUCGGAGCAGUCGGAGAAGUCGCGUCUCUACAUUGGGAAGGGCGUGGAGCUAGACAUAGUGGGCGAAGGUGACGUCUGGAUCCGCUGUCUCUCCGAGUUCUCCAUCUUUGUACAAAGCUACUACCUUGACCGCGAGGCAGGCAGGGCACCGGGUGAUGCUGUGCACAAAAUUUAUCCCGGUGCUUACAUUAAGGUGAGCUAUUCCAUCGCGGUUCACCAUGCAUUCAAGCAAAUGGACUCAGAUGCCUUUUUUUCGCUACCCUUUCACGAAGCGCCCUGGACUUCAUUCCUUUGUGUGUUGCAACCCAGAGGGUGGAGGUGUCCGACUGUGUUCGACAUACGUCAGUGCCACGAACAGAUGCGUCAUCUGGCCCACAUGACACAGGCGGCGGCGAUGCGUCAGGCCGCUGCGGUGGCGGGUUCCAUGCAGAUGGGCGCGGUGGCCGAUGCAGCGGCUGCUGCCUCUGCCGCUGCCGCUGCCGCCACUGCGCCAAUGGGCACAUGCGAAGCCGCCGGGGUAGGCGUGGACGACUUCCGUCGACUCUGUAACCUUCGUCUCAGUUUCGUCAAGGGCUGGGGUCCGGACUAUCCCCGCCACGACAUUAAGGAGACUCCCUGUUGGAUUGAAAUCCAACUUCACAGACCACUGCAACUACUGGACGAGGUUUUGCAAGCAAUGCCAUUGAAUGACUUAAAGCCGACGCGACAUUUCUUCUACUACCAGAAUCAAUUGCAACAGCCACCGCAACACCUGGCAAAACGCUGA